AUGACUCGAGCAACUCACGCCAUUGUGUUCUUCACAACUUCGAAAACUUCUGACAUCGUGCCGUUGACAGCUGUUUCUGGGAAUCCUAUCGUCAACCGUAGAGCUAAAGUCCGGUGGAAUAAGAAGACUUACAACGCCAAGAUCGUCCACAUUGCCUCCAAAGCCUUGUGCGAGCAGAAGAUAAAGGACGUGACCGAGAACGGCACACUCACGGACAACUUCUUCACUGUCGCAGAGAGCAGUGUCAUCCUUGAUGAUUUGAACUGCGCUGCAACGAGCCCGGAUCCGGUGGCAGAGGUAGUCCACCAAAUGAAGGCGGGAAUGGACGAACUCUUGGAACAAAUGAUGAUGAUGAGAAGGAACACCACAGGUGCUCUACGUGAGUUCGAAAUAAAAAUGCAAGGAUCAUUCACUCGUCUGGAGCGGCGAAUAAUUUCUCUAGAAUCAUCGGUAGAAGAAAUCAGACUUAGAGAAGAACCUACGUCCGCAGAAGAUGGGAUAGAUUACUGUCUUAUGUCGCGAGAGCGGGUGGAGGCCUUGCUAGCUCUGAAGUACGGAAGGCUCACCAAAUUUGCUCUAGCAUUAGAGCAAGAACUCUAUGAAGGUGACAACUCGGAGAUGCUUUUAAAUGUAGAGGACAGAAAAGUAACAGUAAGAAGAGUUACCUUCAUCCGAGAGGUUGUCUUCAAGUACUUCAACGUCUCACAGAGCUCGAAGAAGAGCGUGUGGCAAACGGUAAAGAACGCUCUUAAUGGCAGAGCUCGAACAUUACGACUUCGCACCACCAGUAUAUCACCGACACGCCAGCUUCCCCUUUCAUCUUCAUUGGAUAGG